AGUAUAGAGUUGGCCAGUGUUGUGCACGGAACCCCUGCACCCACCGCCCCCGCCCUCCCUCGCCGUGAGGGUGCAGGUGUCCGUGUGUGUGUGCGCGAGGUAACUGCUACGAACCUCGGCGUGUGUGCGUGUGUGUGUGUGCGUCAGUGAGUGGGCAGAGUCCCGGGACGGGGCAGAGUGGGGUCCCUGGGCGGAGGAGAAGGAGUGUUGUGGGCGGGGAGAGAGAGAGAGAGAGAGAGGGAGGGAGGGCCGGGCAGUGUAGGCCGCGGGAUCCCGGCAGCAGUCAGUUACGCCCGCGAGUCAGACGGUGUGUGUUGGGUGCGGUGGUGUGUCGGCCCCGCUGCCCGCGUAGUUAGUUAGUUCAGUGUAGCUAGUGACUGCCUCCCGUUCCCUGCCCCGCUGCUGGCUGAGGUGUCCUUGCCAGCUGCACCAUGUCGUCGCACCAUUACUAUCAGGAGCGCCUGGGCCUCGAUCCUACCGAGGCCCGUGCCAAUGGUACCCGUGACGGCAAGAACACAGGCGCCGACUUCAAGACGUUUGGUGGAUACGAGGAGUCCCUCAGCAAGUUCAAAGGUAUAGUCUACACACUCAACAUCUACCAAUUAAUAGAUGAGCGUGACGCCAUACAGAAGAAGACCUUCACGAAAUGGGUGAACAAGCAUUUGAAAAAGGCGGGGAAACAGGUGCGGGACUUGUUCGAGGACCUGCGGGAUGGCCACAACCUUAUCUCCCUCCUGGAGGUGUUGUCGGGCGAACACCUGCCCAGGGAACGAGGCCGCCUACGCUUCCACAUGCUGCAGAACGUCCAACUCACCCUUGACUUCCUCAGAUACCGCAAGAUCAAGCUGGUGAACAUCCGCUGUGAGGACAUUGUGGACGGCAACCCCAAACUGACCCUCGGUUUGAUAUGGACCAUCAUCCUCCACUUCCAGAUCUCGGACAUUAUGGCAGGGCAGACCGAGAACCUAACGGCCAAGGAGGCUCUGCUGCGCUGGGCCCGCAAAACCACCUACAAAUACCCCGGCGUGGAGGUCAAGAACUUCACUACCUCCUGGCGGGACGGGCUCAGCUUCGUGGCCAUCAUCCACAGGAACAGACCUGACCUUAUGGACUGGAGGAACCUGCGCCAGAGGACACCCCGUGAGCGCCUGGAGACUGCCUUCCACGUCAUGGAGCGCGAGUACGGCGUGACCCGACUUCUCGACCCUGAAGAUGUUGAUACCCCGGAACCAGACGAGAAGUCACUCAUCACGUACGUCUCUCAGCUCUAUGAAAUCUUCCCAGAGCCGCCCAGCAUCCACCCGCUCUUUAACAUCGAGGCGCAGCGCAAACUGGAGGAAUACCGUGAAAUGGCGACCACGCUACUGUAUUGGAUCCGCGAGCACAUUUCUAUCAUGAAGGACCGACACUUCCCCACCAACACUGUCGAACUCAAGAGGAUGGCCCAUGAAAGCACCAGAUUCCGUCAAGAGGAAGUUCCACCCAGACUGCGUGACAAGAACAGCUGUCAGCGUCUGUACCGAGAUAUACAGAAGCUUCUGGAUGGCACAGGCUUCCUAGAGGAGGAGCUGACCCCGGAGCUCCACUACAACAAUGUGGACUCUGAGUGGAACAAGCUCAUGUCCCUCUACCAAGAAAGGGACGACGCCCUCCAUGACUCUCUCUCCGGUGCUGACAGACUUCAGCGACUGGCGGAGAAAGUUCACCGAGAGAUCAAGCAGACGGAGAUCACUCUGGAGGAAGUGGAAGUCCGUAUCGAGGACGAGGCGAGGCGAGUGGAGCGUCUUCACCCCAUGGACGCCAAACGUAACUGUGACGCCCUGGACGGGGAGCUGGCGCAGUGUGAGGACACCAUCAAGACGCUGCACUCAGACGUCAAGGUGCUGCGGGAGGGCAAGUACCACGAGGCCCCGACGCUCCAUAAGAGGGUUGUGAAGCUGGAAGAGCGCUACGUGAGUGUAAGGACGCUCUUCGAAAACCGGCUGCUCAUCGUGCUCAACAACCGGUCCUUCACGCAGCAGGAGUCCUACACCACCACCAAGAGGAUCGUGGUGUCGGAGUCCCGCCUAGUGGAGACCAACGAACACUUCCGCUUCCUGCAGGAGUGUAUCAACUGGUGCAAAGACAAACUGAAAAAACUAAACGACAGCGAAUACGGCAACGACUUGGCGGCGGUAGAGAAGGAGUAUGACACCCACCAGAAGGAACACAAGAUAAUCCAUCAGUUCCACACCAACGUGGACCAAUGUGCCGCCGCCGAGAAUAACUUCAACGGAGAGGAGCACACAGUCUACAUCAACCUCUUGUCGCAGCUGCGCAAGACUUAUGCUGAGCUGUUGUCUCUGAGCAACAAGCGCGUCUCGGACCUGCACAGCCUGCUUGACUUCCUGCAGGCUGCCACGCAGGAACUUAUUUGGCUCAACGAGAAGGAAGAACAGGAGCUGAACAGAGACUGGGCCAACAAGAGCCUUAACAUUUCUGACGUUGAGCGUUACUACGAGAAGCUGAUGGGCGACCUUGAGAAGCGGGAGGUGCAAUUCAGCGCCGUGCAAGACCGCGGCAACAGUCUGGUGAUUGGCCACCACCCUGCCAGCAAGACCGUGGAGGCAUACUUGGCCGCCAUGCAGACCCAGUGGCAGUGGCUGCUGGAGCUGACGCUGUGCCUGGAGACCCAUCUACAGCACGCCGCACACUACCACACCUUCUUCACCGACAUUUCCAACGCAGAGCAGUGGAUCAUGGCCCACGAUGAGAAGCUGAACACAACCUUCUCCGUGACGGACUUCGGGCUGGAUGACGGCGAGCAGCUGCUGCGCGAGAUGCAGGACAUGCGGGAGUCGCUGGCCCAGUUCAACACCACCGUGGACGAGCUCAUCAACAGAUCCAAGUCGGUGGUGCCCCUCAAGCAGCGCCGCCAGACGCUGCGCCAACCCACCGCUGUCACCGCCAUUUGUAACUACAAAAAGAUGGAUAUGAGCAUCAACAAGGGCGAGCGUUGCACUGUUCAUGACAACAGCAACAGAGUGAAGUGGAACGUGGUGACCAGCUCGGGCGCCAGGGGCAUGGUGCCCGGCGUGUGCUUCACCAUCCCGCCCCCGAACCAGGAGGCCAUCGACGCCGCCGAGAAGCUGAAGCGCCAGUACGAGCGCUGCAUCGCACUGUGGCAGAAGAAACAGCUGCGUAUGCGCCAGAACAUGAUUUUCGCCACAAUCAAGGUUGUGAAGAGCUGGGACCUCGCUCAGUUCAUCGCCAUGGGAGCUGACCAGCGCAACGCCAUCAGGAGGGCGCUCAACGAGGACGCUGAGAAGCUUCUGCAGGAGGGCGACCCCAAUGACCCGCAGCUGCGCCGCCUCAAGCGGGAGAUCGAUGAGGUCAACCGACUCUUUGACGAGUUCGAGCGUCGCGCCUCCGAGCCCAAGCCUGGAGCAGUAUUGGUGGAGCAAUGCAACAGCCUUAAAGAGUAUCUGGAUUUGAUGGAGAAGAUGCUGAUCCAAAGGUGCCUUGCUGGUAUCCCGCGAGACCUCGAUCUGCUGGAGCAACUCGUUAUCGAGCACAAGCAGUUUGAAAAUGACCUCUCAUCGCGGGAGCUGGAAGUUGAAAGUAUACAGAAGAAUUACCAGAAUCUGUCGCGCCGCACGCCCGCCAUCCAGCGCACGGUGGAGUCCAUCACACAGCAGUGGGACCGCAUCUGGGCACUGUCCCACGUGUACAUUGAAAGGAUGAAGUGCGUGGAGAUGGUGGUGACGGGUAUCGAGGAGGGCACGCAGGUGGUGUCUGAGAUCGAGCUGAAGCUGGCCGAACACCAGGACCUGCCCGAUGACCUGGACGACCUCGAGAAGGAACACCAAGAACUGCUCGUCAUCCAGCAGACCAUCCACGACCACCAGGCGCUGAUCGACAGACUGCUGGAGGAGUGCCGUAACGUGCGCACACUCGUUGUCAAGUCUCGCCCCAGCCAGAAGAUCCACCCUGACGUGGACAAGCUGGAGGAAGACGUGAGGAAGCUCCGCAUCCGCUGGGAGAACAUGUGCUCACAGAUUAUUGAGAGAUUAAGAAGCUGCGAGGCUGCUUGCGAGCUUCUUACCAAAUACCACAAUGGCCAUAACGUUGAGAAGAGGGAGAUCAACCACCUGGAGGACGGCCUUCGCAUGCAGAAGAUCGAGGACCUUGGUCCCUCCGAGGCCGAGCUUGAACUAGAGCGGCUGAGGAGUAUGUACAUGAAAAUUAUAGAGAAGAAAACAAGCAUUGAACAUGUAAAUAUCCUUGGCGGCCGAUUCAUACGGGAAGCCAAGAUCUAUGACUUGCGCCUGUCCCAGUACAAGGCCAGUCUAGAAGAGGUGCACCCCAGCCUGGACGCGAGCCUGAGCAAGAGGCCUCGCAUCCAGAGUGGGGGUGACAAUGUCAUUCAGCAGCUGGACAAACUCAACACUCAGUACCAAUUCGUCGCGGAUGAAACUUAUGACCGCAUCGCCAAGAUAUACAACCGCUUCCAACACGAAAAGAACUUUAAUUUCCAGCUGGAAGACUUGUCUCCCGUAAGCCUUGAAAAAACCUUCCGCACUGAGCUCAACCUUCCUGAGUCCAACCAUGACUACUCCGCCCCUGUCAUCCUUGAGGAUGAUACUAAUGAAUUCCGAGCCAAAUCUGAGGCCCACGUCACAGUCACCAGUGAUCUGCUGCCCACACAGCGUAGGACCUCUGCCUCGCAGCUCUUGGAUACAGGUAGUGUUGUGGAUGGUAGUGUGACCACCACAACCACUCUGGGGGGCUCCUCCCUCCAGGUCACUACUACCACCUCCACCCGACGCCAGACCCCUGCCACUGCUGCGUCAGGGGCUGCAGAGGCUCACAUUGUGCAUCCUGUCUCAGGUGAAACACUAACAUUGCACGAGGCCAUGGUAGGGGAGCUGGUGGACCUUACAUCUGGUACUCUCACUCACCCCACCACAGGAGAGAAAAUGCCUCUCUCUGUGGCUGCUGAGCGUGGCUACCUCAAUCCCACGCUGCUGCAUCACCUUGAGACACCCUGUGGUAUUAUCGACCCAGCCACAGGCAAGGAGCUGACAUUGUUACAGGCAACCAAGAAAGGCCUGUACAGUCCUGAGGAGGGCUCCUUCAAGGAUCCCACCACAGGAGAGCUGCUUUCACCUGAGAAGGCAGCUAAGCUUGGGUUCAUCAUCUUGGAAAAGGUAAGCUUUUUCACCGAGCUUUGUGUGCCAGUGGUCGCCUCACUCACUCUUUACGAUGCCAUAGUUGAGGGCCAUGUUAAUGUACGCACAGGAGAAUUCACCGUUCCUGCUUCUGGAGAAAAGAUUCCACUGACUCAAGCGUUUGCCAAAAGCUUCAUCUCUGCAGAACCAGCACCAGUAGCAACAAGUGGAAUAUCUCUCUCAGAAGCAGUCAAUCAGGGCUUCAUAGAUGAUUAUUCAGGUCAAGCUGUAGACAGAAAUUCUGGCAACAAGUAUACUUUAGAUGAGGCAAUACAGAAAGGAUUGUUAGCCCCUCAUAUUCGCGAAGUUGUGAAUUCAGACACGGGAUGUAAAUUGACAGUAGCUGAGGCAAUUCAAGAAGGUGUAUUAGAUGUGACAGCAGGACGCUAUGUUAAUAAUGUGACAAAUAAAAAGUUGAAGUUUUCUGAAGCUGUACAACAACAGCUGAUAUGCCGCCCAUUCACACUGAAGGACUGCAGUGACCUGAAGCUUUUGGAUAAUAAAGGAGAGAUCCAGGACCCACAGAUAAGGGAUCACAUCCCACUCCUAGAAGCUGUUGGGAAAGGCAUUGUUGAUGUAGAAUUGAAAUCCAUUAAAGAUACAGCUAGCAAAACACUACUCACACUGCCAGAGGCCUUCAUGUUCUCUGUGCUACUGCCGGAAGGAAAGUAUCGUGACACAGAGAGUGGUGAGGUGAUGAGCCUUCUGGAAGCUGUCAAUAAAGGCCUUAUUACUUCAGUGUCCACCAAGACUAUAUUUGAUAUUGACGGAAUCAAGGAUCCAGAGUCUGGUGAUUACAUCAGCUUUAAGAUGGCUUUGCACAAGGGAAUUAUUGAUCCUCAAACUGGCAUGUUUACUGAUCCACGAACAGGAACUACUAUGACCUUAGAAGAGGCAGUUGAAGCUAAGCGUAUCCAACCACAAAUCCUAGAAACUCUAAAAAUGAACAUUGGACUUGUUGAUUCUGAUGGAAAAGAAAUGAAUGUGGUUGAAGCAGUUCUCAGUGGGCGCCUUGACCCUAACACAGGUCAGGUAUUGGAUCCUAAAACUGGCAAUGCUGUGGCCUUGGAGGAUGCUGUGAGGAAAAAGAUAAUUACCCCAGAGGGAGCUGCCACUCUGCGAGGGCUGCUGAGUGUUACUGUAACUACUGCUACAAUUACCAAGACCAUCAAAAGGUAUGUGACUGUCAAGAGCACAGGAGUUCUGACCACAGAGUCCAAGGUAACACUACAGGAGGCUCAACAAAGAGGCCUCAUCAAUGAAGCCCAGGGAACAUUCCAGGACCCCGAGAGUGGAGCAACCGUGCCUUUGGAUGAGGCCAUUGAGCGUGGACUUGUCACUUUGUCAACUGAGUGGCCAACCUCUCUCCCAGUAGAGCAGGUUACCUCACCUGAGUCACCCACCAGAGAGACAACAAAAAGACAUCUUUCUCCUGACAAACCACACACCCCAGUAAAGGCUGCAAGGACAAGCAUGUCCCCAGAAAAGGAGCAGCCUUUCAAAAUGUCUCCCACCAAGUCUCCUGAGAGACCCUCCAGGAGAGGAAGUUCUGAAAAGGAGACACUUGAAGGAAGGACGUCACCAGAAAAGAGAGAGGCAUCUCCACCUAAAGCACCAGACCGAAGAAGCUCGCCUACAAAAUCAAGCCGUCCAACUUCACCAUCCAAGUCAGUCAAGUCAUCUCCUGUGAAAGAGUUGGCUGAGCCUGAACUGAUGGACACAAAGGUCAGCACCACCAGGCCAGACAUGCUCUUUGAGACACAGAAUGGCUCCAAGGAAAGUUCACCCGUCAAGUCUUUCCCUGAAUCUCCUUCCAAGUCUCCAAGCUCCAGACAAAUGUCACCAUUCACCCUGUCUAGAGAAACCUCUCCAGUCAAGUCAUUUGGCUCAAGGCCAGAUUCCCCCAUGAAAUCAAGUGGCAUAGGACCAGAAUCUCCAUUGAAAACUGACGAAUCUAUGCCCACCUCACCAGAUAAAGGCCUCAUCAAGGAUCAGGUGUUGUCCCCAGAAAGGCCUCCAAGAAAAGGAAAAAGUACUCUCAAAUCACCUGCUGACUCUGUUGACAGUGCCAUGGGUAUUGUGGAUGAUUUGGACAUGACUUCAUCGGGAGCAUCCCUCACUGGCUCCACGAGUGCCUUCACUGACAGUUACUCAAUCAAAACUAGGACCCUUGAAUUGCCACCAGAUGGCUGGUAUCUCAAGGAGGCCAUAGAGGAAAAAUUAUAUGAUCCUGUCAUGGGCUUGUUUACUAUACCUGGUACAGACCGAUUGGUCAGCUUUGAGGAGUGUGUCAAGAUAGGAAUAAUUGAUCAGCGCUCCGCUGAGGCCAUUGAUCCCAAAAAUGGACGAAAAAUCUCUCUCAUGAGAGCUAUAGAAAAGGGAGUUUUAGACUGCACAGGCAGAUAUCCUGAUGAAAGUAACACUGAUAGAAGACUCACUAUGAAAGAAGCAAUUACUAAAAAAUUUGUCAUUUUAAUAGAUCGCACCGAAGUAACAGAGCAGGCCUCAGGGCGUGUCAUCCAGAUCACCAGUGUGGAAGGUCAGCCUGACAAGGUUCAAGUGUUUGAUGGCGAGGGAGAAGUGACUAGCAGUGUCACCGAGAUCAAAACAAAUGAACCAGCUGUAGAUGAUGCACACGUUGAGAUCAAACCAGGAAUGACUUUCCAUCCUACCGAAGGGAACAUACACAUGGAAGAUGGUUCGGUUGUGGAUGUUGUGACUGCAGUGAAGGAGGGAAAGAUCCAACCCACAGGAGUCAAAGUUAGGGAUCCCUACUCUGGUCGUGAUUUGAACAUCAGCGAGGCAAUGAGGAAAGGGAUUAUUGACAAAGAUUCAGGCGAGUACAAGGAUAAGACUGGACGCAAGUUGUCGCUCACAGAUGCUGCCAAGUAUGGCAUCCUGGGAGUGGCAGCAGUAAUUGGUGCACCUGUAAUUGCUGGGGUGGCUGCUGCACAAGCAGUCAAGAAGGGAAUCAAGAAAAUAAGAAAGGUUGAUCCCAAAACAGGUGCAGAGAUAGUCAUUGAGGAGAGUGUAGAAAUAAUAUCCGAAAGUCCACCAGAAGAGGAGUCUGCUGCUCCCGUUGUGGGAAGACACUCCCGCACCACCAUCAAAUCCACGACAGUUGUGGAGACUGACGUCAUCCUACAAGACCCUGUUACCGGAGAGGAAAUGUCACCUGAAGAGGCUAUAUCCCGGGGACUAAUAUCUCCUGAUGAGCUGGAAGAAAUAAGAGAUUCUGCUCAUGGAAGAAUCCAGGAAGUCCAAGAAACAUCUGAUGGAAAGUUCAGAAUACAAGAGGAAAAGGAAUACAAGGUUAUCUCUUUAGAUGAAAGUAAGACAGAAGAAAAGAAAGCAGUUGAGAGCAUUGCAGUUGAAAGUAUUGAAGACAAGAAGUCCCCAUCAAGCCCUGAGAAGCUGUCCAAAGAGGCCUCACCAGAGAGAAGGAAAUCUCCAGUCAAGUCUGAUGUAGAAAUGAAAGGUGUAUCUGAAGACAGAGUUUCUCCAGCAAAGGAUGAGCCAAUGUCUGACACUGAUGAUGUACCAAAACAAAGAGGUUCCCCAGUGAAGGGCGAACCAUCACCAAGAACCUCCCCAGUGAAGGACGAACCAUCACCAAGAACCUCCCCAGUGAAGGGUGAACCAUCACCAAGAGGUUCUCCAGUAAAGGAAGAGCCAUCAAUAAAGAGUGAGCCAUCACCAAGGACCUCCCCUGUUAAAGAAAAACCAUCACCAAGAGGCUCUCCAGUAAAGGAUGAACCAUCACCAAGAACCUCCCCAGUAAAGAGUGAGCCUUCACCAAGAGUCUCUCCAGUUAAAGGUGAGCCAUCACCAAGAACCUCCCCUCUAAAAGAGGAGCCAUCACCAAGAGCCUCUCCAGUGAAGGGUGAGCCAUCACCAAGAUCCUCUCCAGUAAAGGAUGAGCUGUCACCAAGAACCUCUCCAAUAAAGAGUGAGCCAUCACCAAGGGAGUCACCAAUAAAAGAGGAACUGUCACCACUGAAGGGUGAGCCAUCACCAAGAGUGUCUCCAGUAAAAGAGGAGCCAUCACCAAGAGCUUCUCCAGUGAAGAGUGAGCCAUCACCAGUAGUGUCUCCAGGAAAAGAGGAACCAUCACCAAGAGCUUCUCCAGUGAAAGGUGAACCAUCACCAAGAGCUUCUCCAGUAAAAGAAGAGCCAUCACCAAGAGCUUCUCCAGUAAAAGAAGAGCCAUCACCAAGAGCUUCUCCAGUGAAGGGUGAACCAUCACCAAGAGCUUCUCCAGUAAAAGAGGAACCAUCACCAAGAGCUUCUCCAGUGAAGGGUGAACCAUCACCAAGAGCUUCUCCAGUGAAGGGUGAACCAUCACCAAGAGCUUCUCCAGUAAAAGAGGAGCCAUCACCAAGAGCUUCUCCAGUAAAAGAGGAGCCAUCACCAAGAGCUUCUCCAGUAAAAGAGGAGCCAUCACCAAGAGCUUCUCCAGUGAAGGGUGAACCAUCACCAAGAGCUUCUCCAGUAAAAGAGGAGCCAUCACCAAGAGCUUCUCCACUGAAGGGUGAGCCAUCACCAAGAGUGUCUCCAGUAAAAGAGGAGCCAUCACCAAGAGCUUCUCCAGUGAAGGGUGAACCAUCACCAGUAGUGUCUCCAGUAAAGGGUGAACCGUCACCAAGAGGCUCCCCAGUGAAGAGUGAACCAUCACCAAUGAAGGAGGAGCCUUUGUCAGAAGGAGAGGACGUGUCAAGGUCCAGCGUCUCACCAGUAAAAGGCAAACCAUCACCAGGAAUGUCUCCAGUGCAGGAUGAGCCAUCACCACAAAUGGAUGGCGUGUCAAGGCCUGGAGAGUCACCAGUAAAGGACAGGUCUCCGACACAAGCCAUGGAAAAAAAAUCAGUCACUCCUACCAGUGGAGGUGAAAGUCCAGAGGAACCACAAACAGAGAGAAAAAUGUCUCUUGGAGAAAGAACCAGAGAGCGUGUAACAACUGAACCUAAAUUCAGUGUUGCCAUUGGACGUGCCAAGUCUCUGCCAAGCCCAAGUCACGAAGGAAAGCCUGUUGUGCUGCAAAAAGUGCGCAGGAAAUCCAUGAAGCCUAAGCAGGCGGCAUCAAAGGGAGUCGUUGAUGAGAAAACUGCCUCUCUAUUAGAUGAUCUCAGCACUCUUCGUGGACAUGGAGGGGAACCUUUGUCCCUGGAAGAAGCUUUACGGUUGAAAAAGGUCGAUGGUGAUAGUGGAGCCAUUGUUGAUAUAUCCUGUGGGGAGCCUCUCACCAUCAACGAGGCUGUUGAGAGUGGUAUUCUUGAUAGUUCUACAGGAAGUGUUCUUGUACCCAUUGGAAGGAGUGUUAGUGUACCAGAGGCAGUGUCCCAGGGUCUGUUUGACAAGACUGCUCAACGAUUCAUUCACCCUGAAACAGGUGACUUACUGACAUUGCAUGAAGCUGUCCUUUGUGAUGUCAUUGAUCCUGUGUCCCAGAUAGUGGAGCCAGAUACAAAUGAAGUAAUGACUUUAGAUGAAGCCAUAAAGAGAGGACUAAUAGAUUCAGACUCUGGUCAGAUCACCACAAAACGUGGGCCUGUAUCUAUAUUAGAGGCCAUUGAUUCAGACGUGUUUGUGACAACAGCUGUAGCAAGAGUAGAUUGGCUUCCUCCUCUUGGCAUGACAUUUCCUGUUGCCCUGGAGAGAGGACUUGUUGAUGCUGACACGAAGGAAAUAAUCCACCCAGUAACAAGUGACCGUCAACUCUUGAAAAAUGCCAUCGAAAAUAACUUUAUUCUUGCCCUGCCUUGUCCAAUUUUGCCAGACAGUGUACAGGUUACCCAGGCUCUAGAGUGUAAAUUGAUCAACACAGAUUCAUGCACUUUCACUGUUCCCAGUACUGGAGAAGAAAUCCCUGUUGAGAAGGCAAUUGAGAGUGGCAUGCUCCAGAUUAAGCCUAUGACCACUGUUGUUGCUGAUGAGAAGGAAGAAAGAAUGGUCAUUACUGAAACGGUUACAUCUUAUGAAACCAUUAUUACAAAGACUGUCCGAGUCAAGGCAGGAUAUGUGAUGGUGAGCCAAAAUGAGGUGAAAAAUACUACCACAGGAGAAAUCCUACCUAUAGAGGAAGCUAAGAAUAAAGGCAUAGUUGUUGAAACAGAAGAGGAGGAGGUAAUCAAAGAGAAACCAACUUUCCGGGAAGCAAUGGAGCAGGGGCAAGUUGACUUUGCCAGUGGCACAUACAAGAAUCCAAGAACAAAAGAGGAAGUUCCCAUUGCUGAAGCCAUCCAGCAGGGUCUUGUUCAGCCCAUGGACCCCACACCUUCUAAGGAAGUGACCAGCAAAAUUAAUAUUAUGGAGGCCUUUUCCACCAUUUAUCACGAGAAGUCUGGCAAAUUCAAAGAUCCUGUUUCAGGAAAUCUUCUCUCCCUUGAUGAAGCAGUGGAGAAGGGUGUGAUUGACCCUGAUGCCAUGGUCUAUGACACCAAGAGGGGUGAUGCCCUUACCACAAAGGAAGCCGUUGAAAAAGGUGUCAUUGAUGUUGAAGCUGGUGACUUUAUUGAUCCCAAAUCAGGUAGUAAAAUCAAGGUGAAGGAUGCUGUCAAGAUGGGGCUUCUGGCUGUCAUUGGAGCUCCUGUGCUUGCAGGAAUGGCAGUAAAGGAAGUUAUUAAAGGUGCAUGUGAUAAAGCAAAGAGAACUUCAUCCCCCAGUAGGACCACCACAGUGGUUACAGAGAUAGUGGAGGAAUAUGUGUCUGCCAGAACAGCAGAAGAAAUGCUUAGGCGCCCAUCUAUACGGCCAGAGGACCAAAGAUGUUAUCCUAUCAUCAAAAUAGGACAGAAAAUGACACUCAGAAGAGCCAUGGAGGAAUGUUACAUUGAUGUUGAUCUGUGUGUGGUUGUGGUUCCAUCCAAUGGGUCGAGACAACUUCUACGACGUGCAGUGGUGGAAGGCUCCAUCACCUUCACCUCUGUGAUAGAAAUACGCACUCGAACAGAAAUAUGGAUUGUAGAAGAGAUCACUAUAAUUACAGAGGUUGUCAGGUCCUUAGAUCCAGCAAUAAUGACUGAGAAGGGAGAGUUUGAUCCAAAAGGAGGCAAGUUCAUUGACCCAGAAACAAAGAAGCCCAUCACCUUUAAAGAGGCAGUGGAGAAAUGCUCACUAAGUCCAGAUCACACUGUGGUCACUGACCCAACAAGUGGAAAGGAAAUAACCUUGACAGAAGCUAUCAAAGAAGGUGUUGUAGAUCCCACCACAGGCGAAGUGAAGGAUCCACAAAUGGGAAGUGCUGUACCAUUUUUCGAAGCCGUCAAGAAAGAUCUAGUGAAACCAGAUGAUAAAAAGGAGCCUAAGAAAGAACAAGAAAAGCCAGAUACCACUUCAUUAACUAUCAGUGAAGCCAUCAGUAGUGGCAUUCUAAAGCCAGAGACUGGUAUGCUCACAAACCCCACCACAGGAGAGAGCAUGGUCCUGGGACAGGCUAUCCAGAGUGGCCUGAUUGAUCCCACCUCCAUCAAGAUUAUAGACCCCAGGAGUGAAGACACUGUGUCCCUCAAAGAGGCGGUGGAAACUGGACUAAUUGAUGUUGAUUCUGCUACAUUCACUGAUCCUGAAACUGGUUGUGAAGUGGAAUUCACAACUGCACUCAUGAAGGGAAUUUUAGUACCAAAGAGGAAGCCAAUGUCCCUUGUAGCUGUAGUGAAGAAGGACCUGUAUGACCCCAAGACAGGCAAGAUUGCGGACACCCUCAUGAAACAAAAGUUAGAAGUUGAUGAAGCCGUGAAGCGAGGCAUUGUGGAUCCUUUCAUCACGUAUUGCCUGGAUACAAAAGCCAACAAGUAUGUGACUCUAGAUGAAGCUUUAGACACUGAUUUGAUUGUUGCUCAAAAUGGGAAACUGAAGCACACCAAAAAGAACAACUUUAUCACUUUUGACACAGCUGUGCAACAGGAGCUUAUUGUAACCAAAAGAAAACCUGUUCCUCUCACAGAAGCAGUGGUGAGUGACAUGUAUGAACCUCAAAGUGGUCUGUUUUAUGAUCCAUGUGAGGGAAUGGAGCUGACUUUGAACUCCUCACUAUCUUGCAAGCUAAUUGAUGGAAGUCCAUGCCGAGUGAAGGUGAAUGAGGAAUUGUAUACUGUGAGUGAUGCUCUUGACAAGACAAUCCUGGAUGGAGAAGCAGGCCAAUUGCUCCAGCCAAGUGUGAUGAGUUUGGAUGAAGCAGUGAGGAGAGGCCACAUUGUCACUGCUGUUGGCUCACUGUCUCUGCAGCAGGUGUUGGAGGAUGGACUUUACGAUCCUGAGACUGGCCUCAUCACUGUGAAUGAUGACCGUAUAACCAUUAAGGAAGCUAUUGAGCGAAACAUCAUUGAUCCGUCAAGCAUGUCAGUAAAGGAUCCACGCACAGGAGAGCCACUUUCUCUAGAGGAGGCUAUUAGAGUUGGCAUAAUUGAUCCAGACUCUGGUACAUUUAGAGACCCUGUAACUGGAGCUGAUGUCGAACUGACUGAGGCGUUAGCAAAGGGCAUGAUAAUUGAAGGUCGCACUAAGUUCACUUUGUACCAGACAGUGAUUAAGGGACUGUAUAAUCCCAGCACAGGCCGCAUCACUGCCCCCAACUCUCAGGACCAGAUGACGGUAAGUCGAGCAAUUCGUAGUGGUCUUGUCAACACCAACACCACUCUUGCUCGUGAUCCUGACACUGAACAACUCAUGAGCUUCAAACAGGCUGUCUCCAGGGAAUUGAUUGAUAUAAAUGCUGGUGUAAUGAAGUUUGGAAGAAUCAAGAGAGUGAAUUUCAAAGAUGCUUUUGAGCAAGAUUACCUGCUGGAGGCACAGGUGCCAAUGGCUCUCAGGGUAGUCAUCAUGAAGGAGUUGUACAGUGAGGAGACUGGAAGGUUUUUGAAUCCUACCACUGGCAGCUGGGUAACUCUCUCUGAGGCUUUGUCUGUUCAGAUGAUCGACCCUGAUUCAACACAUGUUAAGGACACACUGUCAGGACGUCUCAAGAAAGUGAACCUCAGAGAAGCUGUGGAAGCAAACAUAAUUGAUGGAGAAACUGCUCUUGUGAAGAACCACCAAAGUGGAACCUGGCAUACAUUGUUAGAAGCAUACGAACUGAUGCUGAUUGUGGACAGUCGAGUAGCCAUGUCCCUUCAGCGUGCCCUCCAUCAAGGCCUUGUUGAUGACGAGAAAGGUGUCAUCACUGAUGUUAACACGGGCCGAAAGAUAACGCUCCACGAAGCCAUGAGACGACUGGUUAUCAACCCAAGUCUUCCCUGUUAUCUAGACCAUUCCACCUCCUCUUGUCUUUCCCUCGUGCAGACCUGCAGGGAAGGUAUCAUUGAUCGCCGACUAGGCAAGUUCAUUGAUCCAAAAUCCGGCUGCACUCUAACCCUGAUGGACGCCCUGGAACACGGCAUGAUCCUCGACAUCGACAAGCCACAGGAUCUGCAUGCCGCAGUGACCAUGGGCUUCUGUGAUUCCAAAACAGGUCGUAUGAUCCAGCCUAACACUGGCCGCAGGCUGACUUUGGCUGAUGCUUGCAAGCAAAACAUUGUAGACCCAAGUAUUUCCAUCAUUAGGGCUGCUGAUAAACCAAAAUUCAUGAAACUAAAUGCUGCUGUAAAAGAAGGCUUGAUUGAUGAUAUCAAAGGAAAGUAUGUUAUCCCAGGCACUUCAGAAGAAAUCUCUCUUGAGGAAGCAGCCAAGCAGUCCCUUAUUCUCCCAGCCAAGAGACCACUGACUGUGGAAGAAGCCCUACAGUACUGUCUGUACUCACCUGAGACAGGCCGCUUCACAGAGCCAAGCAUUGGGGACAAGAUGGACUUGCAGGAGGCCAUUACACACGGCCUCAUUGAUGGCAACACAUCUGCUCUCAUAAACCCAAGUGAUAAUUCCAUGAAGAGUAUCAGAUCUGCUAUAGAAGACAAAGAUAUUGAUGUUACCAAAGGUGUUGUUAUUCAUCCUCAGACUAAGAAGGAAUAUACCAUUAAUAUAGCAUUUGAAAAAGGCUUCAUCGUGACUGUUGGCAAGCCCAUUAGUUUCAUGCAGGCUGUCAAACAAGGCUCUAUUGACUUUGAGAAAGGAUCGUACACUGAUCCAGAAACAAGUAUCCAAUACACUCUUGAGGAAGCACUUCGCUUUGAGCUCAUUGACCCAGACUCUGCGGUCAUCAAAGACCCCAACACUGGCCGAUACAAGACCUUGAAGAGAGCCAUUCAAGAGGGUCUUGUUGACCUGAAGAAGCGAGCACUUUAUGACCCACAAAGUGGAACCUUGAAAACCUUGUGCAUCAUUUUUGAUCAAGGCACAAUUGUAUUCCUUAGGGAGCCUCUGUCCUUCGAUGAGGCAAUUGAUAAGGGUCAUCUCAACACUGAAACUGGAAUGUAUACUGAUCCCAACUCUAAAGAAAUUAUGACCAUAAAUGAGACGUGUCGCCUCGGCCUCAUCGAUCCCCAGACAGUGCUGAUCAAGAACACCCGGUACCGCCAAUUGCUGCAGCCGGCUGAGGCCUGUCAGGUGGGGGCUCUGGAGAAUGAGAAGGGCAAGGUGUACAACAUGGCCUCAAACCAAAUGCUGACCAUUGCCGCCGCCAUGGAUGCCGGCCUGAUCGUCACCCCACGCCGGGGUUUGGCGCUGCUGGAGGCCCUCGACUAUAACCUUUAUGACCCUGACAGUGGCCGCCUGCUAAACCCUCACGUGAAGGAACACGUGACGCUGAAGGAGGCCAUAGCAUGUGGGCUGGUUGACACCACCACAACUAUGGUAAAGUGCCCCGCCCAAGGCACCAUUCAGACCAUGUGUGAUGCAAUACGGAGCGGGGUGUUGGACGAGCAAGGUGGUGCCGUGGUGGACACGGCGCAGGGCACCAGCUACCCACUGCCGGAGGCACGCCGCCUAGGUUACCUACUCACCGCGCAAGCGCGGCAAGCCAUGAUCGAGAAGUACCGGCAAUGCGACACCACCAUCGUUGAAAUGGUGGACAGAGUCAGUGAAAUCGAGAGGCGUCUGGCGGAGCAAGAGCCUGUCAGUGAAAAUGGCAACGGUCUUCGCAAUCAGAUUAACACCGUGAAGGCAAUUAAGGAUGAACUGGACGAGAUGUUCCGCCCGCUCGGCACCUGCCUUGACGCUGUGCGGCAAGUGGUGAACCAAGGAGGCGAUGUGUUGUCCCGUGAGGAGCUCGCAUCCCUGGACCAGGCCGCCACCUCACUCAAGCAGCGUUACGACCAUUGCGUCGUCCAGGCAGACACUACACACCGCCGACUCACCACUGCCAUGGAAGAAUUCUCCAAAUAUGAGAAAGAAAUUGCUCUUUUCGAGACAUGGCUGAAACAAGCCAACAAGACCUUGGUGGAGAAGGAAAGACUUUGCUCUGACCUUAACAAGAUCAAAAACCACGAGCAGGGCUGCCGGGACUUCCUGGGUGACGUCAUUGCUCACCAGGCUGACCUGCGAUUCAUCACCAUGGCGACCCAGAAGUUCCUUGACGAAUCCAGUCUCUACCUGCGCACCGUCAACAACUUCCGCACCACCUUGCCUGAACGCUACCCGCUGCUCCAGGCUGAUCCAGACUCCAUGGUGCGUGACGCUGCCGACGAAGUCUCUGCAGAGUUCAAGGGUCUCCUCGCCCGGGCCAACAAGCUGGUUGACAAGGCUACUAGUGUUGGAAACAAGCAGCGAGACUACACAGAAGCCAUAGAGAAGGCAUCUCGUUGGCUUAAGGACACUGAGGUCAAGGUAACCCGCAUACUGCAGGAGCCUGUUGGUGCUGAACCUAAGAUCGUGCAAGACCAACUGGACAAAGCUAAGGUCAUCAAUAACGACGUGGUGGCUCAAUCUCGCCUCUUUGAUAAUUGCCGAGCCACUGCAACAUCCCUGCUGCGUGCCCUGGAGGGAGAACUGACACCGCAUGAGCAGGCAGACAUUGAGCAGCCUCCUGAGGAGUUGGCUGAGAGGUAUGCUGAGCUGGCCGAGCGUCUUGGUCAUCGCUGCCAAGAGCUGGACACCGCCCUUGUGCAGUGCCAGGGAGUGCAGGAGGGUCUUGACUCUCUCAUGAACUGGCUCAACAACAUCGACCUCCAGCUCAAGAGCGCCAGCAAGCCCGCCUCGCUGAACCGUGACCGCCUUGACGAACAGCUUCGGGAACACCGCCAGCUCCACGCCGAUAUCAUGUCCCACCAGGUGUCCGUGGUGCGGAUAAACGACUCGGCCGAGGCCUUGCUCACCUCGGCCUCGAACGCCCGAGUCGCCAAGAAGAUCGAAACCAAACUACGAGAGCUCAACACAAAGUUCGAGAAGGUAGUGGAGAAGUCCGAGACACGUGGCCAGCACCUGGAGAAUGUGUCGACCCAGCUUGACGCCUUCACGGUCUCCGUGGAGCACUUCGAGGAAUGGUACAUCGAGAUCGUGGAGGUUAUCGAGUCCCGGGAAGUCCUUGCCUUGGACAUUGAAAGCUAUGCCAGGAAGAUCGAUGAAAUCUCCCGCCAGCGAGAUUCCCGCUCUGAUGACUUCGAUGGCAUGAUAAGGACUGGCAAGGAACUUGUCACCAAGAAAGACGUCACUGACACAGCACCAGUCAAAGACAAGAUUAAGAACUUGGAGGGCCAGUGGAAAGAGCUCAAUGAUGUGCUUGAUGAGCGUGCACGCAAUGGCAAGGAGCGCUCUGAGCAACUGCUGGCCUACGAACAGCUGCGUGACCGCUGCAUCCAGUGGCUCACCACCACAGAGAACAUGCUUGAUAAUGCACAACCUGUUGGCUUAGAGCAAGAUAUUGUGAAAAAACAGACUGAUGAUCUCAAGCCAAUUCUGAAGGAGUACAGAGAGUACGGCACCACCAUUGACAAACUUAACGAGCUGGGCAAUGCCUAUGAUGCCUUGUUGAGAGGAGAGCGGCCAGAGAGUCCCACCAGGCGACGCUCUUCUGUCACCCCCGUCAAGCGUCCAUCCAUCACCUCGCCUCUUAAAUCGCCAGUGAGGCGAGUGUCACAAGACGCACGUGGUUCCUCACCAUCCCACAAGUUGAUGGGCUUCAAUGGCUCUGGUCCCAUGUCACCAAUCCCUGGAGGUUAUGCUAGCAGACGCACUUCACAAGAAGGAUUCCACCUCGAUGACAUGAGUCCCAUCCAGAAGGAGCUGAUGCAGGUGAACAACCGUUAUGACAUGAUUGGAAUGCGCCUCACAGACCGCCAGAAUGAUCUUGAUUUGAUGAAGGAUGAGCUGAAGAAGUUGGCUGAUAGUAUGCGCUCAUUGACUCUUGUUCUGGACAAGGCAGAACGCACCAUGCCUAGGGAAGUUGUGCCUACUACCAAAGAAGAAGCAGACAAAUACUGCAAACAGUGCAAGACUGUACUGGAAGAUCUCCUUGAAAAGCAACCUGCUUUGGAUUCACUCAAGGUUCAGGUGGUUGAGCUGAUCAAGAAACGACCAACAGCACCUGGUGCACAUGUUUUACAAGACCAGGUGGAUCUCAUCAGUGAUCGCUUCAAGGAGCUCCAAGGCAGGCUGAAGGAUCGCCUAACAUUCCUGGACCAAACCAAAGAUUUCCUUGACAGUUAUGAUUCUCUCAGUAACUGGCUCAACUCAAAGGAUCGAAUGAUGACUGUCCUUGGACCAAUUGCCUCAGACCCACGUAUGGUUCAGAUGCAAGCUCAGCAAGUCCAGGUGUUGAGGGAAGAAUUCCAAGGACAAGAGCCUAAACUUGGUGAUCUUAAUGAUGCUGGAGACAACAUUAUUGCUGCUUGUGAACCAAACUCAAUGGCUGCUAAGAAGAUGAAUGACAAGUUAGACAGCAUAAAUAACAAGUGGACAGAACUCAUUGGCCAACUAGAUGCACGUGAUUCUGCUCUCAAUGCAGCUUCUAAUGCCAGUACUGACUUCUAUGACAAGUACAACAAAUUACAUGAUACCCUGCUGAAACUGGGCGAUGACUUUGAUGAGGUGACAGCAUCUGGCGCAGAUUCUGCCAUGCAGAUUGAGGCUGUCAAUAACAUGGAAAAGGGUCUCCAGAAGGCUCGUGCUGACUUGAUUGACUUGGAAGGACUUGGGGAACAGUUGAUCUCAAUCCUCUCUGAUGCAUCAUCCAAGAGUGACAUUAAAGCAAAGAUAACACAACUCAACAGAAUGUUUAACAACCUUGAAAAGAAACUUGGGAACCGUAAGUCAGAACUGGAAGCAUCUCUCAGAGAUGAAGAAGAAUUUGGCCAGUCUUGCCAAGACAUACAGGAAUGGCUGGCAGACCAAGUUGCCCACCUUAAAGACCAGCUGUUAGUGUCUGCUGAUAGGGACAUUUUGGGACACCAGGUCUCAGAUUUUGAGCCAAUCUAUAAAGACCUCAUGGCCAAGGAACAUGAAGUGAUCAGAAUGAUUAACAAGGGCAAAGAUAUUGUGGCAAAGUCUUCUCGCAAAGAUCUAAACCGCCAGUUGACAGCAACUCUGGAUGCCAUCAAGAAAGAGUGGGACAAUGUUCGCAAGACUGCUGUGGAUCGCCGCACAAGACUUCAAAACUGCAUGGACACCUGCAAUAAAUUCCACACUCAACAAGAUAGAUUCAACCCUUGGCUAGACAAGGCUGAAGAAAAGGCAAGAUCUCUAGAACCCAUUGCAUUUGAAAAGAGAGCAAUUGACAAGCAAGUCAAAGAAAUUCAGUCCUUCAAAAAUGAAGUGUCCCGUCAUAGUGGAGAAUAUGAGAACAACAGAACAGCUGGUGAUAAACUCAUCUCUUGCACCGACACUGAUCAUGAGGGUGUUCAUGAUGCCGUGGGCCUGAUGAAGGAGCGCUGGGACCACCUUAAUGCCAUCGUGUUUGCUCGGGCUCAGGACCUUGAGGAUGUUGCUGCGAGACUGGCUGACUUCAAUGAUAAGGCCAGGGAUCUUGAUCACACACUGCAACGCUGUGGUGAUAAAUUGGCCUCCCUUGAUGCUCUUGCCGGAACUGGAAAAGAUGCCAAGUCCUUAGAAAGAAUGAAGGCUCUUCUUGAUGAAACCGAUGCACUUGGCAAGCAGGUCGAUCAGGUGAAGAAUAAGGGUGAGGAUUUGUGUGUGGCAGCUGAUUCUCUAGGCUCUGAUGCCAACCAUAUCCAGGAUGAAGUGGAGAGACUCUCAGACCGUUAUGGUGACUUGAGAGGAAAAUUAGAAGAGCGUUGUCAUGAUCUGGAGGAAGCCUCUCAAGCAGUGAAUCAGUUUGGUGCCCUUGUCAAGAAUGUUGGGCAAGAAUUGUCUGCUUUGGAUGAUGAGCUGGAUCGCAUGGCAGCAGUCGGCAGAGACAUAAAGACUGUAACCAACCAGACUGAUCAGCUUCAUAGCUUCAUGGCUAAGGUUGACAGCAAAGUUGAUGAGAUUAAUGAUGCCAAGGCUGCUCUGGAUGACCUAGUGAGCCAAGGAUUCACUAAUGCUAACAACCGUACUACUGAAGAUCAAAUCAAACAACUUGAGAGGCAGUGCAAAAAGAUCCAGGAUAGAUGUGAUGCUCGCAACAAGGAUCUGGAGUCUGUUAUGAAGAAAUUGGAGAACUUCUAUGACAAAUACAGCAAUGUUGUGGAUGACAUCAAUGAAACUGACAAGGAAGGAGAAUCAUUCAAGCCUGUAGGUGCUGAUGUGGACACAAUUAUUGCUCAACAGGAGGAAUUCAAACGAUUCAAAGGAAAGAAGAUUGAAGCUCUUGGGAAGCAGGUUGCUGAGUGCAACAAACUUGGACAGGGUCUCAUCCAGAGUGCUGCCUCUGGUGUCAACACACAGGCUUUGGAAAAUGACAUUGACAAAUUGAAUGAUAUAUGGAAUAAACUGAAGGAAAUGAUUGGUGAUCGAGAAAAGGCUUUGGACAAGGGAUUAAUGCAGUCUGGUAAAUUCCAAGAUGCUCUAGACAGCAUGUUACAGUGGCUUGCAAACUUUGAAGAAAUGAUGGCUAACCAAGCACCAAUAUCAGGAGAGUAUUCUGUCGUGAAGGCUCAGGCACAAGAACAAAAGUUCCUGAGAAAGAUGCUCUUGGACCGUCAGAAUGAAAUGCAGGCUCUGCUCUCCAUGGGUCGCAGUCUUGCUGCAGAUCUUGAGCCUUCAGAAAAGGCAGUUGUAGAAGGACAGUUAGACGACUUGCUGAACCGCUUUGACGAUGCCGGUGCACGAUCUCAGGAGCGUAUGGAAGCCCUAGAAGAGACACUUAAGAUUGCUAAGGAAUUCCAAAAUAAACUCAAUCCAAUUACAGAAUGGCUGGAUAGAACUGAAAAGAAACUAAAGGAAAUGAGUGUUGUACCAUCUGAUGAAGCCAAAAUCCAGAAACUCUUGAAUGAGCAUGACAAUCUCCAUGAUGAAAUCCUGGGUCAGAAGCCUGCCUUUGAUGAUCUCACUGAUGUUGCCACUGCUCUCAUGAGUCUCAUUGGAGAUGAUGAAGCCAAUGCCUUGGCAGAUAAGCUGCAGGCCACCACUGACAGGUAUGGCCAGUUAGUGGAGGACUCUGAGGCUCUAGGCCGCCUUCUCCAGGAGUCCAAGGUUGGUCUGCGUCAUCUAGUACUGACAUAUGAAGAUCUUCUCUCCUGGAUGGACGAGAUGGAAGCACGACUGUCAAAGUACCGCGUCUUGUCUGUGUUUGUGGAGAAAUUAUUGGAACAGAUGGAUGAGUUGACAGAUCUGGGAGAAGAAGUAGUAGGUCAUGAGAAGCAGGUAGGAGAAGUGAUGGAUGCUGGUUCACACCUCAUGAAACACAUCUCAAGUGAUGAGGCUCUUCAGUUGAAAGACAAGCUUGAUUCCAUACACAGACGUUACAAUGACCUGAGUGCUAAAGCCACUGAUCUCCACAAGGCAGCAAAUGAGGCCCUGCCACUCGUUCAGCAGUUCCACAGUGCUCAUGAUCGCCUAGGGUCAUGGAUGCUGUCUGUUGAGGGUCAGCUGCAGAGCAUUGAUACCUCUGGUCAGGUAAUGGAGGAAGAAAUUGAAAGAUUAGCCCAGGAGAUUCAAGAACACCGUCCAUUAGUAGAAGCUGUGAAUCUCGUUGGGCCACAACUGUGCCAAAUUUCGCCAGGAGAAGGAGCAUCAAACAUUGAAACGUUGGUUACCAGAGACAAUAGAAGGUUUGAACAAAUUUGUGAGCAAAUUCAAAGAAGGAUGGAAAGGAUCCACAUGUCUAAGCAAAGGUCACAAGAAGUCACGCAGGAUAUUGAUGAGCUGCUGGGCUGGUUCCGUGAGGUGGAGGGCCAGAUACGCGAAGCAGAGCCGCCAAGUGUAGAUCCCGAAGAGAUACGCAUUCAGUUGAAGGAGCACAAAGCACUGAAUGAUGAUGUUGCAAGUCAGAAGGGCAGAGUGCGAGAUGUUCUAUCUAAUGCAAAGAAGGUCCUGCGUGAAUCCCCUCACCAUGAAGACACCAGUGAGCUUAGAGAAAAGAUGGAUGAUCUUAAGGAGACUAUGGAACUGGUUUCCAAGUUGUCAUCCGACAGAUUAUCUACCCUUGAGCAAGCCCUACCACUGGCAGAGCACUUCUUUGAGACUCACCAUGAACUGGAUGACUGGCUCACUGCCAUGGAGAAUGAAGCAAUGGUAAUGGACACUCCUGCUCUCCGUGCAGAUCAAAUCAUUCGCCAAAUGGAGAAGAACAAGAACUUCCUCCAGUCCAUUGGAGACCAUAAGCCACUGCUUGAUAAGCUCAACAAAACUGGAGGUGCAUUGCUGAAGCUUGUGAAUAGUGAGGAUGGCCUCAAAAUCCAGGAACUUCUUGAGAGUGAUAAUGAGAGGUACAAUGCACUCAAAUAUGCCCUUCGAGAAAGAAGUCAGGCCCUUGAGGACGCACUUCAAGAAACUAGUCAGUUCUCUGACAAACUUGACGGAAUGCUGUCUGCUCUUGCUGAGACAGCUGAUCAGGUCAAGAAUGCUGAGCCUAUCUCAGCUCACCCAGAGAAAAUCCAUGAACAGGUGCAAGAAAACAAUGGCAUUAUUGAUGACCUUGAAAGGAAAGAGUCUGCCUUUGCUGCUGUGAAGGCUGCUGCUGAAGAUGUCAUCAACAAGGCCUCACGCAAUGAUCCUGCAGUCAAGGACAUCAAGUCAAAAUUAGAUCGCCUUAACAAACUAUGGGACAUGGUGCAGAUGGCAACUACACAGCGAGGCCAGUCCCUUGAAGAUGCUCUUGCCAUGGCUGAAAAGUUCUGGGAUGAGCUGCAGAACGUGAUGGCAGCAUUGAAGGACCUUCAGGAGACACUCAAAGCCCAAGAACCAGUGGCAGUGGAGCCUCAGGCCAUCAAACAACAACGUGAAGAACUGUCUCAGAUCAAGAACAAGAUUGACCAGACCAAACCAGAAGUGGAGCAGGUUCGCCAGACUGGACGCGAGUUGAUAACUCUCGUUGGGGAUGCUGAUAAGCCUGAGGUUAAGAAGAACAUUGAAGAUCUGGACUAUGCCUGGGACAAUGUCACUGCUUUGUAUGCCAAGCGAGAAGAGAACCUCAUUGAUGCUAUGGAGAAGGCAAUGGAGUUCCAUGACACCUUGAGGAAUAUGCUGGAGUUCCUGGAGAAAGCAGAGGACAAGUUCAACGGCAUGGGUGCCAUCGCUGGUGACAUCGAGGCCAUCAAGGGACAGAUCAAACAACUGCAGAAGUUCAAGGAUGAAGUUGAUCCACACAUGGUGAAGGUGGAAGCCCUCAACAGGAGUCUGAGAAGACAAGCUCAAGAGUUAAGAGAGCGCACCUCACCAGACCAGGCAGCUGCCAUCAUGGAGCCGCUGGGUGAAGUGAACCACCGAUGGGAUGAGCUGCUGAAGGGCAUUGUUGAGAGACAGCGUAACCUGGAGUAUGCCCUGCUCAAACUUGGCCAGUUCCAACAUGCUUUGAAGGAAUUACUGGUCUGGAUUGAGCGCACUACAAAGACUGUGAGUGACCUCAAGCCAGUGUUUGGUGACCCACAAGUUAUCGAAGUAGAAUUGGCAAAGUUGAAGGUCACCAUUAAUGACAUUCAAGCUCACCAGUCGAGUGUUGACACCCUCAAUGAUGCAGGAAGGCAGCUCAUUGAAGCCGACAAAGGGUCUGAAGAUGCAUCAAACACCCAGCAGAAACUUGGUGAGCUGAACAAGAAAUGGACUGAGCUGCAAGACAAGGCCAAUGGCAAGCAGAGUGACCUAGAGAAUGCCCUUCGAGAAGCCCAGAUAUUCAGUGCAGAAAUUCAAGAUCUUUUGCUUUGGCUUGGUGAUAUUGAUGCUGCACUGUCCUCAUCAAAACCAGUCGGUGGACUUCCUGAGACUGCUAAGGAACAACUGCUUCGCUUUAUGGAAAUCUAUGAUGACUUAGAGGAGAACCGUUCCAAGGUAGAGGGUACUCUCCAACAGGGACAAGAAUACCUGAAACGCUCAAGAGAGGGUGCUGCAACUAACCUCAAUCAUAGCCUGCGCACUCUCAAACAACGCUGGGAGAGUGUCAUGAAUCGUGCCAAUGAUAAGAAGAUCAAGCUGGAAAUUGCAUUGAAAGAAGCUACUGAGUUCCAUGAUGCUCUGCAGAUAUUUGUUGACUGGCUUACAGAGGCAGAAAAUCUACUGAAUAACCAGCAACCUGUAUCACGUGUUUUGGACAUCAUUCUUCAACAAAUUGAGGAACAUAACAACUUCAAGAAAGAUGUCACUGCACACAGAGAAGUAAUGCUUAGCUUAGACAAGAAAGGCACUCACCUUAAGUAUUUCAGCCAGAAGCAGGAUGUUAUUCUCAUCAAAAAUCUACUAGUUUCAGUUCAGCAUCGCUGGGAGAAGGUUGUGUCAAAGGCAGCUGAAAGAACACGUGCCCUUGAUCUUGGCUUCAAGGAAGCAAAGGACUUCCACGAGAACUGGAAUGAGCUUGUUACUUGGUUGGACGAUGCAGAAACCUCUCUUGACGACCUGGCUGCUAAUGUUGGCAAUGAUCCUGAAAAGAUCAAGGCUCAAAUUGCCAAACAUAAGGAGUUCCAAAGGGCUUUGGGAGCCAAACAGCCAUCAUAUGAUAGUACCAUGAAACAAGGUAAAGGACUUCAGAACAAGGCUCCAAAAACUGAUGAAGAAACACUGAAGCAGAUGUUAACUGACCUGAAGAACAAAUGGAAUAGUGUGUGCCAGAAGAGUGUUGACCGUCAGAGGAAGUUGGAGGAGGCCCUGCUGUUUACUGGCCAGUUCAAAGAUGCCACUCAGGCUCUCCUGGACUGGCUGAAGAAGGUGGAGAUGGGACUGGUUGAUGAUGGUCCUGUUCAUGGAGAUCUGGAUACAGUUAUGGCUCUUGUUGAACAACACAAAGCCUUCUGUGCAGAAAUGAAGAAUCGCUCUGUUCAGGUUGACAGUGUGCGUCGCACAGCUGAUGAACUCUUGGUUAAGGCCAGUGCAGAGGAUGCCAGCAUUAUUCAGACACAGGUUACCGAGCUUGUUACUUCCUGGGAGAGGGUUGAAAGAGCAACAGACAUCCGUACCAAACGCCUGGAAGAAGCACUGCAGGCUGCAGAACAGUUGCACAAGGUGGUACACAUGCUCCUCGACUGGCUGUCAGAUGCAGAAAUGAAGCUUAGGUAUGCUGGGCCUCUGCCUGACAGUGAAGAUGACACCAGGAAACAGAUUGCCGAACAUGAGGCCUUCAUGGCUGAAUUGAAUCAAAAAGAAAGGGAAAAGGAUGAUACAAUUGCUUUGGCAGAAGACAUUCUUGCAAAGGCCCAUCCAGAUGGUGUGGCAACCAUCAAACACUGGAUCACUAUCAUCCAGUCUCGGUGGGAGGAGGUGAUGGCUUGGGCCAGGCAAAGGGAGACCAGAUUAUCAGACCACCUCAGAAGCCUUCGGGACCUUGCUGGCCUGCUGGAUGAACUCAUGCGUUGGCUUGUCCAGGCUGAGAACAAUUUGACCGUGCUGGAGGCCGAACCUCUGCCUGACGACAUCCCUGCCAUUGAAGGACUCAUUGCUGACCACAAGGAAUUCAUGGAUGAGAUGCAGAAGAAAGAACCUGACGUACUCAGCAUAUGUAAACCAUCCAAGCCACGUCCAUCACUGUCUCAGCCAAACAAGAAACGCUCAAGAACAUCUCUUGGUCGGGAGAGUGUGAGCCCAGGAAGGGAAUCUUCACCAGAUUAUGAUUAUCCAUCACGCCGGUCCAGUCGUAUCAGCCCUGACCGUGAAUCCUCUCCAGGACCUAAGUCUCGAAAGUCCAGCCGCUCAUCACCGGCACGUGAGGUCACACCCACUCGUGAAUACCCUCGACCCUGGAUGUAUGGAGCAAGAACCACACCCCCACGAGAGACUUCCCCUGGAGCUGACCGAGAAAGUGACUGGCCUCUUGGCAACUUACGCUUUGUCACGUCCACACCAACACCUUCCUCUGCGGGCACUCCUGCAGCAGGUGGCAGGAAGAGCAGCAAAGCCAGUGUACGGGAGGAACCUCAAAUCAAGAAUCCUCAAGCGCGGGCACUGUGGGAGAAGUGGCAACACGUGGGCUUCAUGGCCUGGGAGCGCAUGCGUCGCCUGCAUGACAAGCUGAACUACUUGCACGAACUUGAGAAACUAAAGAACUUCUCUUGGGAGGAAUGGAGAAAGAGGUUCAUGAAGUUCAUGAAUCACAAGAAGUCAAGAGUGACUGACCUCUUCCGCAAAAUGGAUGCCGACAACGAUGGAGCUGUUCCUCGGGACGACUUCAUUGAUGGCAUCCUGAAAACAAAGUUCCCAACCAGUCGCUUGGAAAUGGGUACAGUGGCCGACAUAUUUGACCGCAACCAAGAUGGAUACAUUGACUACCAGGAGUUCAUUGCUGCACUGCGACCUGACUGGGAGCGCAAGGGACCACUGACAGAUGCAGAGUUGAUAGAGGAUGAAGUACAGAAGCAAGUUUCCAAGUGUACCUGCCGACAGAAGUUCAGGGUUCAUCAAGUGGGAGAAGGCAAAUACAGGUUUGGAGACAGUCAGAAGCUGCGCCUGGUUCGCAUUCUGCGCUCCACUGUGAUGGUGCGAGUGGGAGGCGGAUGGGUGGCUCUCGAUGAGUUCCUCGUCAAGAAUGAUCCAUGCCGAGUGUGUCCAUCCAUACCUGAGCUAGAGCAGGUUGGAGAUUUGGAACUUCAUGAGCAUGGGUGUCCUUUGAGGGGCAAGACGUCACCCGCUGGAUCCUGCCGUAGCUCCUCCAAGGGUCGCACCAAUGUGGAGUUACGUGAGCAGUUCAUCCUAGCAGAGGGCGUGUCUCAGAGCAUGACUCCAUUCAAGUCCAAGCCUAGCCCCAACAGUUCAGUGUCAAGUCAAUCUGGCACUACAGCCCAGCAGCGAUCCCAGUCCCUCCCCAACUCUGGGCCCAUUAUCAAGGUUCGUGAGAGAACAGCCAAAAGCUCAGCAAUGGGCCGGGCUUCCUUCAGUGCCGGCACACCUGACUCUUCCUUCAGUGAAGAAGGAGGCUCAUCUGGAUUCCACCUACACGGAGGCAAACGCAAGGCCUCUGCCCCAGUUACUUCUCGCUCAUCAUACAAUACAUCAGGUGAAAGUCAACCUGGCAGUCGUGGAGGGAGCCGUCCUCAGUCCAGAGGCCCAGGGUCCCGUCCAGGCUCACGGCCUCCAAGUCGUGCUGGCUCAGAAGUGUCUCUCGAUUCCAAUGAUGGUGGUCGAACACCAAUGAGACGCACACCGUCCUUCACUGGUCGGACCCGCACACCAUCUAGUCAGUCUUCGGGAGUCCAGCGAUCAUCCUCUCUUAGAAAGGCCUCAGCCCCUGUCAAGUCCUCUACUGAUACUGUCAACGGUACAGGGACACGUACCAUUUCCGUCUCUUCCAGGUCACGUAGCAUGACAAGAACUACCUCUGCAUCCAGUAUUCCAGUUGCCGUGGCAGCCUCAAGGUUAUAUUCACCGACUCUCUCCAGUCGAUUGAAAGAGGCAGGAAUUAGGACCAAAAUCCCGGUUCUUGCGGGUCCUGCCUCUGAUUGGGAACGGACUAACCUCUCUGGCUCGGCCUCUAACCUGAGUGUUGCGGGAACCCCUCUCAGGUCCAGAACAUCAUCAACAACUAGUCUUAACUCCAAUCAUUCCACCAGCAAAAUUCCAACACUGAGACCAAAAACCUCUGGUACACACAUCACACCCAAGACUUCUACCACAAGGACUCGGACUCCUUCCGGUUCCAGCAGCACAGGUGGAACUACUAGGAUCAUCCGCAAGGGUUCUGGAGCAUCCGACACCCCGACUGGCGUUGCCAGAAAAACUGGAAUUAUGGAACCUAAGCGUAGGGUAUAGAAAUUCCUAUACACAAAAGGUUGUGGCAUAAACAUAAAUGCAGGAUAUAUUAUUUUGUAUGUUGCAAUACAUCCUGAAGUGCAUAUAUAAUUUGUGAAUUGAAGUUGCUUUCCAAUUAAUUUGAGGUCUGAAAUUACUUUCAAGUUAACUUAAGUUGUCUAAUUGUGAGCAGUGAUGCACUGGUCACUAUUGGAAUAUGUGCACUGGCAGGUGUUCACUUGUCCAGCACAUCAUUUGGAACAAAGCUUUAAAACUUUAACCACUAGGAAAUCUGACCAUAAAUUUCCUCUUCUGACACAUUGCAUACAUCUUGUGUGAAGUCUUUUGCAUUUUUCUUGUUUUUUUGUAAAAUACCUAUUUCCAUAAAUUUGCUAGCAUUUGUGAUACUAUAACAGGAUAAGUCCUGUUGCCUAACAAUAUGACGAGCUUGACAUAGUGGCCAACAAGAUUAGUAUUUCAUUGUUAAAUGCCGAGUCUGGGUUUAGCAGUCAAGUACUGAGGUUUCAGUAUGUCAAGUGUGAUCAUAUAAGUGAUAUCUCUAUAUAUAUAAAUAUAUAUAUAUACACAAAUAUAUAUAUAUAUAGGGUAGUGCAAGCCCAUUUUCAAAUUUCUCAGCCAUUCCACUCAACAUAUCUUGCAUGCUUUGAAGUAGGUUGUUUAUGUGCAAGUCCUUAAAGACAGAACAUUCUUAUUUUAUUGUUUGGCAGAACACAAGAUUUUGAUAUUGCAAAAUGUCACGUCUUGCACAGUUUAUUCAUUUUUAUAUAUUUUUUUACAUCUAACUGUUGAACCAGAAAAAGCUCAAGCUAGCAAAUAUAUUCACGCACUGGUUCAUAGAUUAAGGCAGUUUUCAUGUACUCACAAUAAUUAACGCUUCACAUCUAACUACUGUCCAUGUGCUUGUCAUGCAAGCCUUAAUGGGGUAUGAUAGGUUGCCAAACUGCCUUUUUUUCACUGCUCCAAAUUCAACAGGAGUUCAAUGGUGCUUAAUAGUCUAUAGAAUUUGUACUAAGCAAAUUAUACUGGUACUUGAAAUUAUUAAACAUGCUCCUCAGUGGUUCUAAUUUGUGCUACUAAUCGACAUACCAAGAGAAUCAGUUAUUGCUGAAUAACAGUAAAUAUCAACAGGUUUUCUUUGUAGCGUAAGGCCUGUAGCUGCCAUAUAAGUCACACAGACAAUUUCAAACCAAUUAAAAGUGCAGGUAAAUCAUUCCCAAAUACAUAUAUCAAUUACACAAGCAAUAUGAUCUCCCUGGAAUAACAAAAGGGAUACAAGAAGAGUUUGGGUGGUUCUAAGAUUCAAAUUUAAACUGCACUUAGGGAUGAUUCGAGGGAGACAUCCUGGUUCCGGGUUAUAAAGAAAGUACCACCAUCAACUUUCAUCAGGGUGUGUCUCCUUGGUGUCAUCACUGGGUGCAGUUUUGAUCUACUUUUAUCAUCUUUUUAUCAUCUUCAGUUACAAUACAUUUUUUCUUUGCUAUCUUACGUUGUAUUUGUUUGUAUAAAAAAACCUUAGCUUUCAUGCUUUGUUAUAAGUUGUAAAUAAUAUAAUAUAGGAGCCCAUUGAAAGAUUUAAUUAUAGGGCACAAGGUAAAGUUCAUAAUUUAAUAAAAAAUCUGAUGUACUAAAGUUUUUUUUUGUUAAAUAUAUUGUACUAGACCAAUUGUUAUAGAAUAUUUUUUGUAUUUAAACAGCCUAUGAUUAAACUAAUGCUUAUAAUAAAUAAGUAACUUAA